AAGUGAUGUUCACAAGCAUCUGAUAGUGUUGUGAGGGUGCUGAAAGCAGGUUGUCUGGGUUGUGGCGGGUUCCUUCCACUCUCAUCACCUGCUUCCUUGGCUCCUGCCCUCAGUCGGGGUGACAUCAAGGCCAGAACAAAAGCUUCCACCAGCCUCUUCCAUCGCUCUUGGUAGCAUCAGUCAUGCCAAUGCUUUAUCGAGAGUCAAUUCAAUUUCGCCAUGAACUGGACUGAGAGCACACUCAACCGCCACUCUCGCCGCAGAGGCUUCGACCCCGAUACGGCCCGUCAGAAGGAAUACUUCGCUAAAUCACGCGCAUGUCAACAGCAAGACUCGAGAUCUCGUCGCGAAAGCACCUCUGAGGCCCCGUUCAUACCGAGCUACAUCCCGCAAGCGUCACCAUCGCCCAGGCAGACACUGGAUCGCUCGAGAGAAUCAAGAGGGUCGAUGAUAUUCAACCGAAGGAAGCUGGUGCCAUUAUCGAGUGAAGCAUCCGAGGGAGAGGCGGAUACCCCGGCUCUUGGGACACAACAGUCGCUUGGAUACCCUCAGACGGAGCAAGAUCAACACCCGCCCUCGCAUCCCGGUCGAUACGAUUUGACAACAAAGCGUCGAAAGUUACUGGGCCAAGAAGACUGGACUGGACUGGAGCUGCAGAGGCCGUUGGUGCUCGAUUAUGAGCCCGCAGCUAUACAGCCAGAUCAGAUGCACAUACAAUAUAAGGAUCUGAAGAGGACAGCAAAAGCACCCAGCGCCAGAUACCACCGUGGUUUGCUUGGCCGGAACCGCGAGGAAAGCGAACACGAUCACGAGUCGAUCAGGCUGCACAUCGGCGACAAAAGCCUCCGAUAGAGUCGCAAAGGCAACACAGUCAGAAGUGUGGAUAGCCAGAAAGGUGGGCUAUGCUCAGUCCGUGAGGAAGACUUGGAGCCACGACGUAGCAGCUCGCCCUCAGGAGUUGUACUAGACAGCCCAGGCACUCUUGCGCCCACAGAUAGCACUUGCCGUUCACAAACCCGCAAUUCGACACCUACACAAUACUCUUCCAGAGACCUUGAGGCCGAUGACGG